UAUUCCAGGGUGAACUCAGCGAUCAGCUGUGCUCACUCCAUUUUCUUUUCCGACCUGUUCGGCGCAGCUCAGCCCCCAAGAUUCAGACAGGGGGUGGAUAAUUUGUGAAAUCAUGGCAUUGGUGCUGAGCAAGGGCGGCCUUAAAGCGUCCUCCGGAUUUUUCGGGGGAUUAUGUAAGGUGGCAAAAGGAAGUCAAGUGACUCAAGUCGCCUUCAUCACAGGAAAGAAACUCCGAGAGAAUCGACCCCCUCGUCCACCCCCAUUUGAUUACAGAAACAAAAACUACGGGCAAUGGCACGUCUGGACAGAUCCAAUGGAAAAACGUUUCGAUGACAACUCAAAAGUGAUAGUCGUUGAUGGUCUGCCAGCAGCAGGAAAGUUCGAGUUCUGCAAAAAAUUAGCUGACGAGCUAGAGAUGUGUCACUACCCUGCAGUGACGUUCGACGAUCUUCACGUGGAUCCCCACGAUUUCGAUUACAGAACUUUGAAUUCAAAAUUGCCGAUCGACUGUCAGUACGUCGACAUCAACACUUUCCUGAGGGAUCCCAAAGGAUUCAACAGCACUUCUGUCCAGGUUCACCAAUACCUGUUGAGGUGCAUGACGUACAUCGAUGCUCUCGCUCAUGUCCUGAACACUGGAGAAGGAGUGGUACUGGAGAGAUCGCCCUGGUCUGAUCGUGUCUUUGCAAAGGCCAUGGAAACGUGCGGGUACAUUCCGAGAAGGUGCAUGGAUUAUUAUCAGAGCUGCAAUGCCAUCAGUCUCUAUCGACUUCUCAGACCCCACGUAUGCAUUUACCUUGAUGUACCAGUCGAAACUGUAAAGGCUAGAAUUGAAAAGAGAUGCCGCCCCGGUGAACACGAUUCUCCAGCCCUAACAAUGCAGUAUCUCAAGGAACUCGAUCGAAUUUACAAGGAAAUGGUUCUGCCCGAUGUGUCAAAACACGCUCAUCUCCUUGUGUAUGACUGGGAGAAUGAAGGCUAUAUGGAUGACGUUGUGGAUGACAUCGAGGUACUGGAAUGCGAUCCUGAAAAUAUCCUGGAUCAUGGCGAGAAACUGCAGGACUGGCAUUUCGCCACUGUAGACCAGAUUCGAGCUGCCAGAACCAGCUUCACUAAUCACAAGUAUCAGUUGCUCCAGGGCGCCAUCCCCUGCAGGUGGGAUGUUCCUGAAAUGUUGAGGAGUCCACAAUCGUCGUUCAAACAUUACCUGACCCUCGAAGAACUUUACGAAGAUGAGCCAGGCAAGAGAUUUUCUCAUGGAUUUGAUCCAACCAAAGACGAAGGCGUCUUAUGGAAGAGCAAAGAUAGGUAUGAGGAUUCUGCCCGCCCUUCUAGACGAUUUCCACUCAGGAGGACUUAAGAAAAACUUUUCAUAAUACACAGUGUUCUCUAUUAAAAGGCAAAUAUUGUAGUACUCUACUGGUGGAUUGUGGCAAAAUGUAAUUAAUCAACCACAAUGUUGUACAGUUGGUUUCAUUAAACAUAAUGUAAUACAGA